CAGAGUACUAGAGGACGCAGCUAAGGAGCCUACGCUGACCUAUGAAAACUACCUAAACAUCGAGAAGCUCCUGUCUUGCUUACAACUUCGAUCCCCGAAAUUCGGCAAAUCUGAGCACGACGAACACCUUUUUAUUACAGUGCACCAAGCUCACGAACUUUGGUUCCGGCAAAUGAUUUUCGAAGUCGAUUCCAUCCGAGCUACCUUACGUGAAAGGCCAUUUGAUGAAACCAAGAUGCUGUAUGUGAACAACAGGAUGGAUCGGAUUAUCCUAAUCUUAAAGCUCCUUCUCGAUCAUCUUAGCAUCCUGGAAACGAUGCAUCCCGUGUCAUACUUCAACUUCCGAGAUUAUCUCUCACCCGCCUCCGGUUUUCAAAGCGCCCAAUUCCGGGUAUUCGAGAACAAAGUGGGAAUCAAACCGGAUGACCGUAUCCCAUACAUGAGGGAGGAAUACCUAACGAAGUGCAAUCCUGACAAAAAACAAGACAUUCUCAACGCCUUGGAUGAGGAUACACUCUUCCAGAUUGUAGAGCGGUGGCUGGAACAGACACAUGGAUUGGAGGAAGAUGGAUUCAAUUUUUGGAAGAGAUUCGGAGAGAAGGUAGAAGAACGCCUCAGUGAUAUCAAGGCUAGAGAAGAGGUGGCCGAUGCUGAUCAAAAGCCUGUAUUAAAGAAGGAGCUCGAUGUAUGCAAGGAUAUCUUUCAGAAAGUUCUCAACGAAGAUGAAUAUAAGAAACUGCUGGCAAGAAAGGAAGUGAGACUUUCACACAAAGCCCUACAGGGGGCGCUAAUGAUCUCUUUCUACCGGAGUGAGACGAGGCUGCAGCAAUCAUUCCAAUUCCUGACUAAACUCAUUGAUGUGGACGCCUGUAUGAGCAAAUGGCGAUACAAUCAUUUGCUCAUGGUACAUCGUAUGAUUGGAGCCAAGCCAGGAGCUGGGGGAUCGUCCGGUUACCACUAUCUUAAGGCAACUAUCAGUGACAAGUAUCGAAUAUUCCUGGACCUGUUCAACCUUGCAAGCUACUACCUACCUCAGGAGUUCGUUCCUGUGCUUACUGAGAGUAUGAAAACCCCGGGGGGGCCACUUACAUUGACGAGUGGAUACCAUGCGUGACCAAAAAAACACGUAAAAAGGAUGUCUUUUUCACGAUAGGGCACGUUACGUACGUAACGUGAUAAGGGUGUCAAAAACACAAAAAUAAUGAAAAAAGGGUAUCUAUUUCGCUAAGAAAAUUACGUGUUUAGGGUCGAAUUUGCGGGUAUGAUAAAACAAAAUUAAAAUGUUUUAUAAAGGAUGUCCUUUUUGCCCCAACACUUCGUGUUUAUAGAGUCCGAUUUGCGCGAGGUGUAGAAGGUGGGGUCGUACUAAACCAAAUAAGGUAAAGCCGACGACCGAAGGACCCAAAGGAACCCGAAGGAACAAUAAAACAUUCCUGUACUUGUUUAGGGGUUCAUUUCAAGGAAUAUUUGCCAAGAGGAUCGUUUUGUUUCCAAUACUUGUUAAGGGUAGGGUUUCACACGCCAAUACUUGUUAAGGGGUGCAUUUUCAGAAUAUGGAAAUUACGUGUUUAGGGUGCUUUUCGAGACCCCAUGGUCGCGCAUGGUAUCCACUCGUGAAUGGAAGUGGCCCCCCCGGGAUGAAAACUUACCUUUCCCCUACUGGGAAUCAAAAGUAGUCAAUGAGACUGUCAGAGGUUAAAAGCAGAUAAGCAGUUAAAAGCUACCGAAAUCUUUGUAUUUGAUUGGCUAAUAUGGUAAAUUUGUAAUUGAAAUUGGGCAUUUUAUUAUAUAACAUGUCUUUAUGAAACGGGAGCCAGAUCUUCAGUUCAGUUCAGGCCCUUCAGGACCCCGUUGCAUUCGUGUUAAGACAACUUGCGAAAUUCUUUUCAAGGUAAAAUACAUUGACAUGACAUGUCGAUUUCAAAUCAUUCUGAACGCAAACUCCAAGUAGUUUCAUGAACUGGACUUCGGAUAGUUUCUGGCCUUCGAGUUCAACAGUGGGAUUUGGUGGACUUAUUCUCAUGAAGCUAAUAUGCAUGACAGCACAUUCACUCGUGCUAAGUCUCACGCUGUAAUCCUUAGACCACUGCUGAAACUCAUCCGCACUCUUCUGGAUGGUGGCAGGGUCGCUAGUUUUCCUGCUUUCUAGUACUGAGAGAUCAUCUACGUAUUUCCAAUGAGGAUUAGCACUCUGCUGUUAUGCACAAUUGACCAAGCAAAGGAAAAUAAGCGGGCCUAAACGAGUUCCCUGCGGGGCACCAGCUUGUAUGUUCUUCAACCCUGAGACUACUACACUGUAAAAAAAAAUGAAGUGCUAGUUUAGCAUUUGCAGUGCUUGCAUAGUGACUGCACUACGAGUGCUGAUUUUCUAGUUGAAAUUUAAACUAAAAAAUCAGUACUCGUAGUGCACUCACUAUACAAGCACUGUAAGUGCUACAUUAGCACUUCAUUUUUUACAGUGUAAUCUGUACUAAACACACUGCUUUCGGUCUUUCAAGAAGUUGAAUAUCUAUGCAACUAAUGUUGAACAUUCAUGUCUGAGAGUUCUGAUAGAGCCAGGUUGUGGCUCAAAAAAAGUUAAACGAAUACGUAGUAUUAUUUGUACAAAAUUGAGUAUUAAUCCUUAUUGCACUGAUAUUUCUAUUAAAAAACAGUAAGAUUAAGCUAAAAACUAUAAUUGUACAAUAUUACUGAAAAGCAAGCAUGAAAGGAAAUAUGUAUAAUAGGCUCAGGUGUGAAUCGCACGAUUCGUUCCAAACAGAAAUAAAAGAAAACAAAUCCUGAAAAUGUUUAUUUCUUUACAAUUAUGAAAAAAUAUCAUUUAGGUACUUUAGGGAAAGAAUCCGAAUGUUGUCAUAUUUUUUAAUCUAAUGAAAGUACUGAUAAAUGCCAGUUGGGAAAGUUAAGAUACCUAGAAACGUGUUUUCAGCGGAAUAAAAUAUAUUUCUGUCUACCAAUCCUUUUGAAAUUUCAACGAUAUAAAACAAUAAUAAAAGACUACAUAAGAGAAUAAAUAACUUUUUCGUUAUAUCUAUUUAAUAUUUUCACAUUAAAGUGUAAUGAGAACAGAUUGAUAAUUUGUGAAGUAUAUUAAACUGGGGCAAGUAAAAAAAAUAUAUAUAUAGUAUUAUGAUUUUUUAAUUAUUUUUUAUUGUUUUUUUUACUUACAAUUUUUUGGCUUUUGACACUUUUUUAAUGAAAAUGAUGUCACCUCAGGGUUUCGUUUUACCCUGCACACCUACUGGUCUCAAAAUGUAUUGGAAUAUCAACUCUGGCGUAACUAGUUAACUUUUACAUUUACAUUAUUUUAAAAAUUGCUAAACCACAAUUUGCUCACAUAAAGGUUACAUACAUACUUAUUUACCAUAUAAUCAAUGAAAUGAAAAGCGAAACUAGUGGGUUUAUGGAAUGUAAAUUAAAACAAUAAUAAAAAAUACAAAUUACCCUUUACAAUGCAUUUAUAAAUAAAUAUUGGUGUUAAUUACUGUAAUUAUAUCUUAUAUAACUUUAACUAAUUCAUUCUAUCAGAUGUUUCAAACGUUUGUUGACUUUAUAUAAAUGUACUUCUUCUCUCUCUCUCUCUCUUUGUGCGAUAUCUCACAUAAAUAAGCCUACUCACUGGUUUUACGAAUGUUAAGGGCAAUUAGGGUCCAUAUAAUUUGAUAUUCUGUUUUAUAUAAAUGCUUGUUUUUCCUAAUAGUAAAGUAUUUUAUUAAUAGUAAAAGUAAAGUCCUAAUGGUUUCCUGUGUGUACGAUUUUGAUAGUUUUAACUUUACUCAUGAAAUAUUUAUAAAUCAUAUAUAGUUUAAUUUACAAGUAAUAACUUAGUAUUAUUUUUUUUUCUUGUUAAGUAUUUACAGGGUCAUUUUCGUGGUGCACUUUGGAUGAUUGUAUUCAAAGUUGAUUUUCUACAGGUACCCCUUUUGGGGUGCCUGGAUACAUUACCUAGUUUUCUGUUUGUAUUUCUCCUUACUGAAAUUAAGUGCACUGCGAGAGUGACCCUUUAAUUUAAAUUCCUAUGUUAAUACUGUAUAUUGUUUAUUGUCUUGAAAUUCUUUUUAUCUGUUAUUCAUGUUCAUUUCAGUUUGUACUGCGAGACAUGAUGUUUUUAUUUAUCUAUCUAAAUAGUAUCUUGAUAAGUCCCCUAAAAGUGCCCUCUCUAUUUCUUCAUGUAACCAUAUAUCACUUUAAUGUAAAUGUAGAUUUCGUCUAAAUGUCUUACCUAAUAAUGAAUAUUAUUGAAAAUGUAACUUUGGGAGAAAGAUUAAGAGGCUGUAACUUUUUAAGUUAGACUAUGGGAAAGACUUGGCGUUUAAGCAUACCGGAUGAAGAAUAAGCUGGUGGAGAUUUGAA